CCAAGCCCUUAUCGCAAUCAACUCUCGCUCACACCUUACUGAUAUCAGCCUCAUAAUGAACACCGCAUUCGAUCCCUCACUUUCGACAAGUGGCAUGCGCCCGCCUCUCGCGUCGGCCGAUGCGCCGUCGAUGGCCGACUCCCUGCCCAGCAUCAACUUUGGUUUUGAGGACCUACGUAAUCGCAUGGCCCAAUUUACAGCUCGAUUUGAUGCCUUCAUUGAGCGAGGCCGGAAACAAGUAUUGGAGGAGAGAAAUCAGUUCAAGAGCGGAUUGGCAGAACUUCAAGAGGACCAGCGUAUGAGACACAGGGAUAUCGAGAUUCUGGACUUGAAAGCACAAACCCAUCAACAGACCCUGCAGAAAGAGGCCGCGGAGGCCGCGGAAAUGCACACGGCCAUCUCAUCCGUCACCUUAGAACGCGACACUCGGCUCGCUAAGCGCGAUCGCCUCAAGCAGCAAAUCGACGAGACUCAGAAAACGAUCAAUCAAAGAUUGGAAGCCCAGAAAUCGCACGCCAAAUAUCUAGAUGCGCAGGCUCGACUGAACAUACCAGAGCUAGACUUCUGGCAAGAUUAUCUGUGUUUACGUAUCGAGGGAGCCGGCCGAGAGGAUCGGUUGAAGUUCGUCUAUACGCACUUACUCGAAAAAGAUUGGGAAGCUGAAGCCUGGUUCGAACUUGGAACUGCCAGUCGAGAUUAUGAUGUCUUCCACACGCGACCCAAGGUUGAUCGAGAUGCGCUGGAGCGGGAACUUGACAUCGUAAAUGAAGAUCGCGAUUUUGGAGGGUUUUUGAAAAGAAUGCGGAAGCUGUUUGUCGAAACAAUGAAAUAGCCAACUUCACUGGACAGGCAUAUAUGUUUAAUGAUU